AUGUCGAGCUUUGUUGCAGGACCUAUGGAGCAACUUCGUGCAGAAAGGCUCUUUGGAAAGAUGAAAGGAAGGAAGAAGCGAGCUACUAAGAGAGCUCGCAUUGAACCUCCACAGGCUUCUACUCCCGAGCUCGAACAGCCUGUUGUUGCUCCUCCGGUGAUCGACUUGGAGGAGUCGGAGAACCACCCAUCUCGGGAGCCCGGGACGACUGCGGAGCCCGUUCUCGAGACAACUACAGAGCCUGCUCCCGAGACCACUACAGAGCCCGCUCCCGAGACCACUGCAGAGCCCGCUCCCAAGACGACUACAGAGCCCGCUUCCAUGCCCGAGACUACCUCAGGGAGCGAAGGAACAGCUCGGAGCAUCCUGAACCCGCAGUACAGCCUUCGGAAGAGCAAAGGGAUUGUGUGUGCCGAGGAGGUCUCCGAAUGGGCCGAGCUAUCACCUGCUCAGCUCGGAGCUCAAGCAGCUACCCACUGCAUGGUGGUGAACAACGCCGUGCAUGCCUUGACCUACCAGUCCGACAGCACUUAA